AUGAGCCAUUUUGACUUUUGGGUAAUUGAAGAAGAUCAAUGUCCCAAGGUCGCUCAGGAAAAGGUUGAGGUCAUACAAGACUUCCCACGCCCCACGACGGUGAAAAAGCUGCAGCAGUUCCUGGGGCUCGUCAUCUUCUACCACCGAGUCGUUUCCUUGGCAGCCACCAUCCUGUCCCCACUUCAUGACCUGAAGGGAACGAAAAAGACGUCCCAUAAACCGCUCCAGUGGCCACCUGUGACUAACGCCGUCUUCAUGCAGGUGAAGAACAAACUCACUGGGCUCGCUCUACUCGCCCAUUCCGUGCUGGAUGCACCCACCGUCCUCACCAACGAGGACGACGCUACGUCCAACCCUUCAGGAAACAGCAUCCAAGGAGGUGGCCUUGGCAAAAGAGCCUCCAUGUCUCAAGUUGAAGACAUCUUCCUCACUUGUUCAAAGUCCUACACCAACACCAACCAGUGCAAUGUUAUAAUAAUCCUCAUGGGCCCUGGUGAAAUCCUGCGAGGCUAUCAUAGGAAGAUACAGGGGAGGCUGUGA